CGCACAAACUGUCAGACGAAUCCAACGACCACAUCAGCCUGCGAGACGUCUACUACCACUAGUCGCUCAGCUUGGCUGGCCCCUUGAUCACCUUUCUGUCAUUUUAACCCAGUUAAUCGAUUAUCAACGCAUUUUGUGUUGUCUUAGGUUUUCCGUCGGUAUCACGUUUUGCUUUCACGCACAAUGGCUGACCCCAAAUACGCAAAUUUACCAGGAAUUGCUUUUAAUGAGCCGGAUGUGUACGAGACGGGUGACCUACCAGAAGAUGACCAGGCUCAAUUCGAGUCGCUUUUACAAGAGGAAUUGUGCAGCGACAGUGUGGAGAGAAUCGUGGUCAACCCCAAUGCUGCUUACGACAAGUUCAAGGACAAGCAUGUGAACACCAAAGGCCUGGACUUCUCAGAUAGAAUCAGUAAAAGCAGAAGAGUGGGCUACGAGUCUGGAGAAUUUGAAAUUCUCGGAGAGGGCUGCGGCAUCAAGGAAACGCCCCAGCAGAAAUACCAGCGCCUGGUCAACGAGAUCCAGGAGCUCUGUCAGGAGGUGGACACUAUCCAGGCCGUCACAAAGGAAAGCAACGCGGAAGAGCGCCUGACCCCGGUGGUCCUCGCCCAGCAGGCGGCCCAGCUCAAGCAGCAUCUAGUUUCCGCUCACCUCGACUCGCUGCUGGGACCGCAGGCGCACAUCAACCUAGCGGAUCCGGACGGAGCGCUGGCCAGGCGCCUGCUCACACAGCUCGAGGUGGCCAAGGGCAGUCGCGGCUGCUCUGCUGGCGACAGUAAGGCGCCAGUGGCAACCAAGGGCCCAGAUGGAGUGGUCCUCUAUGAACUGCACAGCAGACCUGAGCAAGAGAAGUUCAAUGAGUCUGCCAAGAUGGCAGGAUUGGAGAAGCGACUGGCAGACUUGGAGCUGGCUGUUGGCUCAGCAUCAGACAAACAGGGUCCUCUGAACGCCGGCAUGCAAGGAGUCAGUCUGACAGAUACUUUGGAACUCCUCCAGGCCAGGGUCAGUGCGCUGGACUCGGCUACUUUGGAUCAAGUGGAGGCCAGGCUGCAGAGUGUGCUCGGGAAGAUGAACGAGAUCGCCAAACACAAAACAGCCAUUGAGGACGCCGACACACAAAACAAGCUGUCGCAGUUGUAUGAUGCGGUGCAGAAGUGGGAGGCCAUGUCCACCUCCGUACCUCAGGUGGUCCAGAGGCUGGUGACAGUCAAGGAGCUACAUGAGCAAGCUAUGCAGUUUGGCCAACUUCUCACACAUCUGGACACCACUCAACAGAUGAUCAACAACUCUCUGAAAGACAACAACACCCUGCUGACACAGGUCCAGCAGACGAUGAAGGAAAACCUGGUGGCCAUAGAGGAGAAUUUCUCCACGCUCGACCAGAGGAUGAAAAAGGUGUCCAAAUAAAGAAACCUGGACAAAAAAAAUACAAGAAAACAAAGCGUUUGGACAUGGACAAAUGAGACUUACACAUUGACGCUUGGCCGCCCCCCCCCAACCUCCCUUCCUCCUACUGCUCUCUUCCUCCACCUAUGCCUUCUUCACUAAGUGGAAUGUUGGGAAAGAUUGACAAAACAAAACCAAAAUUCUUCAAGGUUAUUGAAUUGACUGUAUUGUAGAAUUGGAGAUUCAAGACGAGACUGGAUUCGUAUUGUCCAAUGAAAUGGCUCACAGUAAAGUUGGAAGGAUACCUUAGACAUGUAUAAUAAACAGUGGCCUCUGAAGGAAAACUGUAAAUAUGCCUACAUUACCUUGUUUGCUUGCGUUCAGUCACUCACUUGUAUUUAUAUUACGACUGGGAGGCACACACCGUUAAUCUGCUUUACCAUUGUCUAAACUUCAACUGUAUUGUCACAGAAUAUGAUCGAUAAAACAUGAACUCGGCUCUUUA